AUGUCGAUUCUCCCCAAGAGCGAGUCAAUAAUUAUCCGUGACGUAUGGAACGAUAACCUCGAAGACGAGUUCGAGCUGAUUCGGGACAUUGUCGACGAUUUCCCUUUCAUCGCGAUGGACACAGAGUUCCCUGGGAUCGUUCUACGGCCCAUAGGCAAUUUCAAGAGCGGUUCUGAUUACAACUACCUUACCUUAAAGGCCAAUGUCGACCUUCUCAAGCUAAUCCAGCUCGGCCUCACUUUCUCCGACGACAAAGGCAACUUGCCCACAUGUGGGACUGGCAAGUUCUGCGUAUGGCAAUUCAACUUCCGGGAGUUCAACCCGAACGAAGAUGUCUACGCCGAUGACUCCAUCGAGCUUCUCUCACAGAGUGGCAUUGAUUUCAGAAAGAACAUCGAGAUGGGUGUCGAGGCUAAGCGGUUCAGCGAGCUGCUGAUGUCGUCGGGGAUCGUGUUGAAUGACAAUGUGCAUUGGGUUACCUUCCAUAGUGGGUAUGAUUUCGGGUACCUUUUAAAGCUGCUUACUUGCAAGAAUUUGCCCGAGACGCAGGCGGAAUUCUUCAAGCUGAUCAGGUUGUACUUCCCUGUGCUGUAUGAUAUAAAGCAUCUGGUGAAGUUCUGCAAUAGCCUUCAUGGUGGGUUGAACAAGCUGGCCGAGCUCUUGGAUGUCGAGAGGAUCGGGAUAUGUCACCAAGCGGGUUCGGAUAGCUUGCUCACUUGUUGUACAUUCAUGAAAUUGAAAGAGAGUUUCUUCAAUGGCUCGACAGAGAAGUAUGUUGGUGUGCUAUAUGGUCUUGGUGUGGAGAAUGGACAGAAUACUCAUUGA